AUGCCAAAUCAUAGCCAAACCAACAUAUUCACCUGCACAUUCUGCUUCCACGUCUUUCAAGGUCACCCUCAAAUCAUCGGUCGUACCGCACGUCUAGCCUGUACAACAUGUCACGCAGCACUCCUCAACCUAGCCAUCUGCUGGGUUUGCGGCGAGCUCAUAUACCGAGGCGAUGAAUGUGUCAGUUUCGGUUGGUGUUUCUGGCAUCGAGCGUGUUACGGAUGUUUACUCUACGGGAGCAGAUCCAUUCAUCAGGGAGUUUCAGUACACGAUCUCUUUCUGGAGAGCGGAGCAGAAGAUCGAGUAAAGGAAGGAUGUGGAGGGAAAGAGGUCACUGAGGUACCACUUUGCGCAGCUUGUGUCGUGGAAGUCGAGGUUGAUGGUGUUAAGGAGGAUAGCGUUGUGAAGAGGGGGUUGAGGAGAGUCGAGAAAGUUGAUGGGGGCUUGACCAGGAAGAGAUGGGAGGCCAAAAACAGCGAGAAGAACUUAAAGUCCCCCUCAAACCAACAGAGAAUCCACAAGAACGAAUAUGGUGCUGAGGCUGAGGACCUCACAGUCAACAAGGUCUCAACCGGUUUCAAGGACAAAUCCGAAUCGGUUAUAUGGGUCGACAUUUUUGAUCCCAUCAACGGUCCUUCUUUCAAACCAAGUCCUCUGAAGCCCAUACCGCUAUUCAUGCAACGACCACCAAGUCCUACUAUCCAUGAGCGCCAGCGCAGGUCAACUGCCACCGAUACAUACCUCCAGCCUCCUCAUGAUCUGAGAAAACAACAUUCUGCUCCUUGUUCAGUCUGUCCCUCGGAAUCACCUGUGAGAAGUCGAUCAUCAGAACAUCGUACUCCACACCAACCAUCACCAACUCUACCCAAAACCCCACCCCCUUCGCCGUCUCGCAGUCGCAACACUCAACAAGCUCUAGAGCACGACUACCUCGACAUGAUUGACCGGUCUGAAGUGCGGCACAAACAAGCUGUUAGCUGGGUCAGUGUAGAACCCUUGAAACGACCCUCAUCUCGACUCGCUCCGUCACGUCGCGCAGAGGCCAAUCGUUCAGAGGCAGAGUCAUCAGCAUACAGAACACCCCCCGAAUAUCCAGAUCAGGUACUGCGGACGCCAUAUCCGCUUCCUUUGUCAAAUGUCAAGACGGCUAGCCCCUUGCCCUCGCAGCUCACGUCGCACUCGCAACGAACUGUGCAUGCUACACCACAAUCAUCAGAGUAUCUGGACCGUUACCAGCCCGCGACGACGAGGUCGACACAGAGCCGAGAGGUGAGAAGAUUGAGAAGGGUAGAUGCAAGCGUGACUGAGGACGGCCUUGUGAAGACGAAGUCGGGACAAUCUGAGGCUGGCGAAUGGGGAGGCAAAGUUGGGUCUGAGUUGAGACGGUUCUUUACAGGACGAUAG